UGGACCCAUACCCGUGGUCGUAUUGCAUUGCACACUACAGCGACCGUCUCCUAGUAUCUGUUGUUCCAUAGUAUCGUUAUGUCCGACGAGGAGAAGGUAUCAAACCUGGAGGAGAGCAAUGUGGACGCCAAGACUCUUGCUAAUAGGAAAAAGAGGGAGAAAAAGAAGGCUAAAGCCGCCGCUCAGAAGAGUGAUAAAGAGGGUGGUAAGAAGAUGAGCGCUGCGGCUAAGUUGGCAGCAGCUCGGCUCGAAGCCGCCCGAGAGGCCGAGGAGGAACGGAAACGUCUUGAGGAGGAGGCCCAGAGGAAGGUCGAGGAAGAGGAACGACUCGCGGCUGAGAAGGCCCGAAAGGCACAGGAGGAGAAAGAGCGAAAAGCUGCUGAGAAGAAGGCGCGACGAGAGAGGCUCAGAGCUGAGGGAAAGCUGCUAUCGAAGAGGGAGAAGGAACAGAAGGCCAAGGCUGAUGCGUACCGGCAAAUGCUCAUUGAGAGCGGCGCUGUUGCGGCGGUGGCUUCUGAUGAGGGCAGUGGUGACAAGCCGAAGAAACAGAGCGAUUUGUAUGGGAAGAAGAAAAGUCAUAAGCACAAGAAACAACCGAGUCGAGGGGAGGAGAGCGUUGCCUCUUCUACUCCUGAUGACGAGGAUGUGGACGCUUGGGAAAAGAAGGCUGAGGACGUCACUGAUGCUGACAAGAAGAGCGAAUCGGCUGAGUCGGUGGACGAUUGGGAGCUUCUGGAUGAGGACUCUGAUGAUGAGAAGGUCGAAGCUUAUCCAGCUCAUAUUAAGAACAAGCCUCAGAAGAAGCAGGAGGAGGAGGUGGAUGUUAAAGGCAAAUUCGCAGCAGCUGAUCCUCUCGCCGUCUUUGACUCCUCCGCCUCGGAGUUCCGUUCUCCCAUCUGUUGCAUCAUGGGACAUGUUGAUACUGGUAAAACCAAACUUCUGGAUAAAAUACGUCGGACCACCGUCCAAGAGGGUGAAGCUGGUGGCAUUACUCAGCAGAUAGGCGCGACCUUUUUCCCCGAGGCCAGUUUGCAGGAUGCUGUCCAUAAGGUCAAUUUGACCAGUCGUGGCGCUAAUGUUGAUCUCAAACUUCCCGGUCUGCUGAUCAUCGAUACACCUGGGCAUGAGUCUUUCAACAACCUUCGUGUUCGCGGCAGCUCCUUAUGCGAUAUCGCUAUCUUGGUCAUCGAUAUCAUGCACGGUCUGGAGCCUCAGACUAUAGAGAGUCUGGAGCUGUUGCGGAAUAGGAAGUGUCCUUUCAUAAUCGCUCUUAACAAGAUCGAUAGGUUAUACCAGUGGAGAUCGUCGGCGAAUCGGCCCUCUCGAGACAGUCUGAAGGCUCAGAAGGACUAUGUCAAACAUGAGUUCGAUGAUCGUCUUAAACGUAUACAACUGCAGCUAUCCGAGCGAGGCCUCAACACAGCGGUGUAUUGGGAGAACCACGAUAUCCGUCGAGACGUUAGUAUUGUCCCGACCUCGGCAGUCACUGGUGAAGGUGUUCCGGAUCUCCUCUACCUUAUUGUUAAACUUACGCAAACUUUGAUGGCCAAGAAAAUUACUAAGCAACCGAGCUAUUCCAGUAUUAAGGAUACGGAUCAGAUCUGUGUGUGCACUCUUGCUGGGCCUGUCAUUACUACGAUAAGGGCUCUACUCACGCCUCCACCAGCUAAGGAGAUUCGAGUGAAAUCCGAAUAUGUUCAUCAUAAAGUCAUCAAUGGUUCGAUGGGUGUAAAGAUAUGCGCUCCUGGUCUCGAGGAGGCUGUUGCUGGCACACAGCUGAUUGUGAUGCGGCCUGGUGAUGAUGCUGAGGAGGUUAAGAGGAGGGCUAUGGCGGACUACAAGGCUGUAGUGAAUGAGUUCAAGAAGGCUCCUGAGGGCGUGUAUGUGAAGGCCUCUACUUUGGGUUCUCUUGAGGCUCUUUUGGAUUUCCUCAAGACUAGUUCUAUUCCUGUGAAUCAAGUAGGCAUCGGUGAGGUCCACCUUAUGGACGUCCGAAAGGCGUCAAUCAUGCUUGAGAAGAAGAAGGAGUAUGCGGUGAUACUAGCCUUCGAUGUGAAGGUGUCACCAGAGGCCAGGGAUGAGGCGGAGAAGCUGGGUGUUAAGAUAAUGACUGCUGAGAUCAUUUACCAUCUUUUCGACCAAUUCACUGCCUAUAUGAACCAAAUAAAGGAGGAGAAACGUCAGCAAGUUCAGGAAGAUGCGGUUUUCCCAGUGGUCCUCAAUAUCAUACCACAGUAUGUCUUCAACAAGAAGGACCCCAUCGUGGUUGGUGUGGACAUCUCUGAGGGCACUCUACGGCUGAACACACCUCUGUGCGUGCCCGAUAAGGAGUUCUUGGAGAUUGGUCGAGUCGCUAGCAUUGAAAAGGACCAUCGACCCGUUGAAAAGGCCAUCAAGGGCGACAGUGUGGCCAUAAAGAUUCAACCGACGUCGGCCCAGGCCCAUGUCACUUAUGGUCGCCACUUCGACUCUACCAAUGCCCUCAUGUCUCGCAUCAAUCGCAGGACCAUCGACUGCUUGAAGGAGAACUUUAGGGAGGAUAUGCGGAAAGAAGAUUGGCAGCUAAUAAUGAGGAUGAAGCCGAUUUUUGGUAUCCAAUAG